GGAACCGCAUCCUGGGUCCAGCGUCCUCCUCCUCUGGCCGCGCAUCCCGCCGCUGUCGCCGGAGCCGCUGUGUCCGCAGGUCCCCUGCAACCCAGCGGAUCCUCCUCUGCAGAGCGUCGAACCCCAGCGGCAGGCCGGCGUGCCAAGGUGUGGGUGCGGGCCCAGGCUGCCUGCCAUCCACCAUGGUGAAGCUGGGCUGCAGCUUCUCUGGGAAGGUGGGCAAAGGCCCUGGAGAUGGAGCUGCCACGGACAGUGUCCCGCUGAUCAGUCCCCUGGAUGUCAGCCAGCUCCAGCCAUCAUUCUCAGACCAGGUGGUUAUCAAGACAAAGAUGGAAUACCAGCUGUCCUCCCCUGAGCAGGCCAAGAAGUUCUCUGACCUGGAGGCCCAGCCGCUGAAUGGCAGCCACUCAGAGGAAGGCCGCAAGCAGCUGCCCACUGCGCGGAUGCUCGCCUUCGCCCUGGCGCUCAUGGGGUGCGUCCUGAUAAUGUACAAGGCCAUCUGGUACGACCAGUUCACCUGCCCCGAUGGCUUCCUGCUUCGGCACAAGAUCUGCACGCCGCUGACCCUGGAGAUGUACUACACGGAAAUGGACCCCGAGCGCCACCGCAGCAUCCUGGCGGCCAUUGGGGCCUACCCUCUGGGCCGCAAACACGGCACCGAGAUGCCCUCGGCAUGGGCAGAGAGUUACCGCGCCGCCAUAGCCAAGGAAGACCCCAAAGGGCCCACCCAGGUGGGGGCCAGGUUGGGGGGCCUGGAGCCCCCAGGAAAGCACUACGCUAAGGGCGAGAAAGAGGAGGCCCACAAAGCAGAGGCCCACAAGGCGGUCGAGAACUCGGCACCAGUGUCUCCGCAGUGAUGUGCUCCCGCUGUCAUGCCACCGGUCGCCCUGCCACAGGGGUGGGCCGUGGGACUACAGCCAGAAUGGCCCGCCCACUCUGGCCUCCAGGCGCUGUCUGCAGAGCCCCUCCCUUCCUCCGCAAGCGUGAACAGCGCAGACGCCUGCCCCACUGCCCACGUGUUUGUGCUCCCACCACGGCAGCCCCCUGUGCACCCCUGGGACCUGUUCCCAGCGCCCCAAUCCCUGGUCCCCUUGCUUUGGUGUGAGUAAACGUCCUUCAUCCGGG